AUGGACCAGUUCUUCCUCACAGGAGAACAGGCCCGGACGGAGGGUGACCACACCUCAGGGGAGCUGAAUUUGACACUCAUGGGACCGUACGGGAUGGAUCGGACCGUGCAUUGCUUCGAUUUCUACGACUGUGCAAACGGGCUGGGUAUUAAGGUAAUCGGUGGCAUCAAGGAACUCACCGGGGACGAAUAUGGAGUUUAUGUCAAGAGGAUCCUUCCAGGGGGUGUCGCUUACGCAGACGGGCGCCUGCAGCCAGGAGACCAGAUCCUGGAGGUCAAUGGAGAUUCCUUAAUUGGGGUUACAAGCGAGAGGGCGGUGGACAUCCUGAGGACAGCGUCGGCCACCAGCCACAUGCGCCUUCUUAUAGCCCGCGAUGACGACGCCAGGAGAGAGUUCUCCGAGCUGCUGGAGAAGUUCGGCUCCCAAAGUAACACAGGCUCAGCGCGGAGCUCGCCGAUCCUGCAUGGCGGCGGUCGAUACCUGGAAAGUACAUCCUCGGGCUCCUCCUCGCGCUCUCAGAGCCCGCUGCUGCUGAGCCCCGCCAAUUCCCACAGCCCCUUCAUCGGGAACCCGGCGCACCCCCCUCACGCACACUACUCCAUUGAAUCAGGAAUCCAGAGCAUUUCUAUAGCAAAAUCCUCCGGCUUAGGGCUGACAAUCAGUGGUGGAUCUAACAGGCCUGAUGGCCCCAUGAUUUAUGUUCAAGAGCUUUUGCCAGAUGGUGACUGUUACAAGGAUGGUCGGCUCCGACCUGGUGACCAACUAAUUGCUAUCAAUAAAGAUUCUUUGGUGGGCAGCACACAUGAAGAGGCCAGAAAAAUAAUUGCAAAAGCCAAAUUCAGAAUAGACAUGAAAAUCAUUUUCCUGUGCCUUCUUUGUCACCGGACAUUUGCCCACCAGAGCUUACCAUCUCAGGUUCUGCAGUAUCUUGGUCUGGAUGUGACCGAGGAGAAGAAGAGGCAGUUACGGCAAAGCUUGACCACAGACUCGCAGGGGACGGUGGCCUACGGAGAUCUUCUCCAAGCACUCAGGGAUCUGAUGCAGGAGGAGCUGGAUGAGGCUGGUCUGGAUUCCAGCUCCAUGCUCUUCACGCAGCGUGAAGUGGCCAGUUUGCUGGAUACGUCGGCUUUUCACUCUCUGACCUUCGACUCUCUCAGCUGUAACAGCAACGAGGAGCUGGAGCAGCUGCAGCUGGAAAUGAUGGAUCUACGGCAAGAAGUCCGAAGGCUAAAGUCUCUCCUGAAAGAGGUGGAGAACAGCAAGAAGUCAAUGGAAGAUGAGCUUCAGAGACUGAACCAGAAAGCCCUGGGCUUCCUCUCCGAGAACCGGACGCUGCACAGCAAGCUGCAGAUGGCAGAGGUCGUGCAGAGACAGGCUCACAGCGCGGAGCAGGACUACAAGGAAGUGAUCCACUUGCUGGAAGCUGAAAUUGCAGAACUGAAGAUGCAGUUGGCGGGGAAGAAAGCAAAACACGUCUCUGAAAUAGAGGAGGACAUCCUGGAACUGAAAAGACAGUUGUCCCUGGCGGACAGCCAGCUCCGAAAAUCAGAAGUCUCACGGAAGCGCCUGGAGAUCUGCAAUAGGAAAUUGCUCCUGUUUGUGCAGGUGCAAUCUGUGGCCGCUGCCCCCAGUUAUAUUGUCUGCCACUGCCAAGAACAGUUUGGCUCCGACAUCUUUGUAAUUGCCCUUGAAGUAGGAGUGGGCGCUGCGAGAUUGCCUCUCAGCCUCCUCUUCGCCAGGCUAAACAAGCCCGGCUCCCUCAGCCCUCCCCAGCCUCUCCUUGCAGGUUAG